AGGUCUAAAAACAGAGAACGCAUGAACUAGCCUUAAACAAUCAAUUAAUUAAACUCAUUACAUUUAAUUUAAUUUAAUUUGAGAUAAAUUUCACAUAAAUUAAGCAGACAUGAACUACUAUAAAUAAGGGCAAGCAUCCCAUGUUUUAAACUCACAAUUCAUAUCUUUUCUUAUUCAUCAGAUAGCAUAGCACUAAUACAGUCCAAACUUUCCAUAUAGUAGUCCAAAAAGAAAAGAAAAACAAUGGAAAACAAAAUGAUGGGUUGGUCUCUGCGUCUGCUAGGUUUGGGUAUGAUGAUGAUGUUCUUGGUGGCCAAUUCAGCUAGUCCGAGUCCUAGUCCGAGUCCCAGUCCUAGUCCUAGUGCUAAUGAUAUAACAUGCAAAGAAGCCGUUACGAAAUUGCUGCCAUGUACAGGCUACUUGUCGGGGUCGGACCCGCCAACGCCGAGCGUUAGCUGCUGUUUGGCUUGCCAAGAAGUAUUUCAAGCGGCCAACACCACCGCCGUACGCAGAGACCUCUGCGUAUGUUUAAAGCAAGCUGCCAUUGAGUAUAAAGUUGUGCCUGACAGAGCUCGAAAGCUUCCCCAACUUUGCAAUCUUCAAGGCCUUGACAUACCCAUUGACCCCAGCGUCGACUGCAGCACAAUCAAACCGUACUAAAAUGGUGGAGAAGAUGGGAAGCGCUAGUAAUUUGGUGGAGAGAGAUUGCCAAAACUAGCUAGUUUUAUUGUGAUGAUGGGAAGAUAUUAGAGCUUUCCCUUCCCUUUUGUUAUCCUACCUAGUCAUGCUUUGAAAGACUGAUUUCAUGAAUAAAGGGAUAAUUGGCUUU